AUGGCCGUCGCUCCCGUGUCGACGUCGCCCUGGAACAUGGCGACGAUGCUGAAGACCAGCGGGAUCUCCCGCGACGUGCAGCAGCAUCUCAUCCGCGUGUACGCGACCUUGGCUGCCUGCGUGUUCUCGGCCAUGCUCAGUGCCGCUUGUAUGGUGGCCUUUGGUCCCGAGCGCUGGUCGCUCUUGAGCUCGGCCCUCGUGUCCACAGUGGGCUCAAUUUGGCUCUGCCUGGAGCCGGAGCAGAACUACAAGCGUCGGUUCGGACUCCUCAUGGCCAUCUCUGCUGCAAUGGGCCUCACGGUGUCCACGCUCAUCGCGGUCGCGAUCCAAGUUGAUGCUGGACUCCUCGUCUUGGCCAUGCUGGUGACGACGCUGGUGUUCACGUGCUUUACUGCAAGUGCCCUGCUUGCCACGCGCUGCUCGUACUUGUACCUGGGUGGGAUCCUGAGCUCGGCGCUGUCGCUGAUGUUUCUAACGAGCGUGCUGAAUCUCGUGUCGCACUCGUCGUAUCUGGUUAACAUGAACUUGUAUGGCGGACUCUUUCUGUUUUGCGGUUACGUUGUGUUUGACACGCAAUUUAUCAUUGAGAAGGCAAGCGCGGGAGACAAGGAUGUGCUGAAACACACGCUUGAUCUAUUUAUGGAUUUGGUGUCUAUCUUUGUGCGUAUUCUCAUUGCGCUCUUGAACAAUAAAAAGGGCGAGAAGCCGCCGCACCACGGCCGUCGUAACUAG